AUGUCAUCGCGCUCGACCGCCAUUAUCUCACACGGAGAGAUUGAUGCAAAUGCUCGUGAAACGUAUGGCAAAACUGGACAUGUGUUGCUCCGAAUCGGAAAUGGUGGUGCAGGUGCUACUGGCUUGAUCAAAGAACUUGCCCAAGACUACCUGGAGUCUCGAAGCAACCGUGGUUUGAUUGAGUGGAUGUGCAACCACUCCCGCAACACGCAGCUAGCGCUACUGAAAGGGUCCAUUGACUUUGCUUUGACUUAUGAACGUGACCAGGAAGCUUUAGCUCAGGCUGAAGGAUGGUCAUACACAGCUGGAUGCAUAUUCCACGACCACUUUUGCCUAGCAGGACCCCUUACAGACCCUGCGGGACUGGCAUCCGCAGACUCAUUACCUGAUGCUUUUGAGAAGAUCGCUGCCUCGGGCAGCCUGUUCCACAGUCGUGUCGACCAUUCUGCAACUAUGUGGAAAGAACGCGAAAUCUGGUCCUUGACUGGCCGGGAGCCAUGGGAUGACCAAGCGUCAACAUCAUCCUGGUACAAGAGAAGCAUUCUAUCGCCACCAGAGGCUCUUAAAGGGGCUGAUGCAGCUGGUGCCUACUUCCUGACUGAUCGGUCAACAGUCUUGCGGCAGACUGGACUUGGCACCAUUUCCAAUUCUACCAUCUUCUUCGAGCCAACUCACUCAAAGGAUGUUUUGAUGAACAGUUGCUAUGCUUCAUUUUCACCAGAUAUGGUAGAGGCGGAUACCCCCGCGGCACGCCAAGUACGCGGUUUUUUCUUGUACCUUGUGUCGCCCCGAGGCCAGGCGGUGAUUCGUGACUAUGGCAUCGCACAAACAGGAUUGCCCCUGUUCGCUCCUGUCGAAGAUGGUGUCGCAUUGACGCGUUUGCGCGGAGGACGCCCAAUUGGCGGCAAGUGGGUAAAGGACACCGAGUUAUUCAAGGCAAGAUUGUAA